CAGACUGAGGAAAAUCCGCCCCAGACUGGCAGUUUGCAGCCGCCUGUGUACACUGGCAGUUACAGAGGGAACAUAAGGAAGAUUACCUGAAAUCUAGGGAGAAAGCCAGGUGGGGACUGGACCGCUGCUGGACAGGCAACAAGAUUCUGUGCUCCCCCCGAGGGUCGUUAGGGAUCUGAAAGAGGCCCUUCAAAGGCGUGCGAACCUGGAUGCACAGAAACAGGGACCGGCUCGCUUAAGGCAAAGGCAGCCUUUCCUGACCUUGCUAAGAAGUACUCUGACAAGCUAGAAUGUUGUGAAAAUGAGGUAGAGAAGAUAAUAGAAGAAAUACGUUGCAAAGCGAUCGAGCGUGGCACAGGAAAUGAAAAUUAUAAGACAACGGGAAUGGCCACAAUUGAGGUAUUUUUACCUGCACGGCUAAGAAAAGAAAGGAAGAAGCUCUUGGAGACUCGAUUACACAUCACCGGCAGAGAGCUGAGGUCUAAAAUAGCUGAAACCUAUGGAUUUCGAGAGAACUAUAUUAAAAUUGUCAUAAAUAAGAAACAACUUCAACUAGGGAAGGCACUGGAAGAGCAAGGCGUGACGCACAACGUGAAAGCCAUGGUGCUGGAGCUGAAGCAGUCCGAGGAGGACGUGCGGAAGGACUUCCAGGUUCAAGAGGAGGAGCAAAACGAGGCUGAACUAAAAGAAAAGAGAAUUCAGAGGACGAAGAGGGGACUAGAGAUCCUGGCGGAGAGAGCUGAGAUGGUGGAUUCCGAAACCACACCAUACUUAGAAAUUGCUAACCAGACGGGCAGGUCCAUCAAAAUUCCUCCAGCAGAAAGAAAAGCUCUCACGUUAGCUAUGGGCUAUCAUGAGAAGGGCAGAGCGUUCCUGAAAAGAAAAGAAUACGAAAUAGCCUUGCCUUUCCUUCUGGACGCCGACAGAUACUUCUGCGAGUGCGGCAGAGAGCUGCUGGACACGGUGGACAACUACGCGGUGCUCCAGCUGGACAUCGUGUGGUGUUACUUCUGCCUGGAGCAGCUGGAAUGCCUCGAUGACGCGGAAAAAAAAUUAAACUUGGCCCAGAAUUGCUUUAAAAACUGCUAUGGAGAAAAUCAUCAAAGACUGGUCCACAUAAAAGGAAAUUGUGGGAAAGAGAAGGUGUUGUUUUUAAGACUUUACUUGCUUCAAGGUAUCCGAAACUAUCACAGUGGAAAUGGCGAAGAGGCGUGUGAGUAUCUCAACAAGGCUCGGCAGCUCUUUAAGGAGCUCUAUAUUGAUCCCACAAAAGUUCACAACUUGUUGCAGUUGGGGUUCACUGCCCAGGAAGCCCGGCUCGGCCUCAGGGCCUGCGAUGGGAACGUGGACCACGCCGCGACCCACAUCACCAACCGCAGAGAGGAACUGGCCCAGAUCAGGAGAGAGGAGAAGGAGAAGAAGAGACGCCGCCUGGAGAACAUAAACUCCUUGAAAGGGAUGGGCUACUCCGCUCACGCGGCCAAGCAGGCGCUCCACCAGGCCAGCGGGAACCUGGACCAGGCCCUGAAGAUUCUCCUCAGUAACCCGUACAUGUGGCUCAACGAUUACGGUCCUGAGACCAACCACCAUCAAGAAAGCCCUUCCCAGGAAAAUAUUGACCAACUGGUGUACAUGGGCUUCGACGCGGUGGCGGCCGAGGCCGCCCUCCGAGUGUUCCGGGGGAACGUCCAGCUGGCGGCCCAGACCCUCGCCCACAACGGAGGACGCCUCCCUGCGGACCUGCUCCCGGCGGAAGACUCCUCGACGCCGUCCACGUCCCCUUCCGACUCGGCGUCCCCUUCCGACUCAGCGUCCCCUUCCGACUCGGCCGGCACCUCCAGCGCCUCCACAGACGAGGACAUGGAGAUCGACGCCGUCAACGAGAUCCUGGAAGACAUCCCGGAGCACGAAGAGGACUAUCUUGACUCCACUCUGGAAGAGGAAGAAAUUAUUAUUGCGGAGUACUUAUCCUAUGUAGAAAAUAUUAACUCAGCAGCCAAGAAAAACUAAGUAUGGACAGAAAGAAACGCUAAGUUUCUGCUAUAAAUUCUAUCGUUAUGAAAAGUGUAACGCGGGCCUUCUUUUUUCCUCCUCCUCCUUUUUAUCUGGCUUGGCUGCGGAGUGCUCCCUGCUGGGGUGCAGGACAGGCAGGUGGGGCCCAGGGACUUGUUACAAGGUUAGAGCAGAGGUGGGGUGCGGGCCGGGCCGUCCCCUCGGGGUGAUGUGGGGCAGGAGCUCCCUGCUGGGUUUCCCUCCACCCAGAAA